UACCUUUCAGAUUCAGAUCCGGAGCAGAGGUGUGCUUUUCAUAGCUGGAAUUGCUUAACUUUUCAAUAUUUUUCAUUGAAAAUAACAAAAUUCAACAAUGACAACAAUUAAUUCAGAUAAAAAAAUAAGAAGAAAGCAAAUACGAUGCCGUGCCAUCGUUUCUAGCGAAACAAACAUUCCCCCAUCCGAUGAACCAUCUUUGUUUGUUGCAAUUUGUAAUGCUGGUCUUAGCACUGGUCUGACCGAGGACUCGGUUAUUCAGGAAACUCAAAAAUAUGGCAAAGUAUCGAAUCUGACAAUGAUACCGAACAAAUCGUAUUGCUUCCUUGGUUUCGACAUCGUUCAAGAAGCCAUUAAUGUUUUUGAUGGCAUGCAUGGUCGGUCAGAGCUUGGACAAAACUCAACAGUCAUAUAUAUGUCCUAUUUCAAAGGAACACCAGAGGUUGAAAAUCCUAUGGACAAAGAACUGCCUCCUGGAACGAUUAUAAUUCCAGACUUUGUCACACUGGCGGAAGAAUCUGCUCUUUUGGCGGCGAUCAGUCAACCUCCAACAACAGGAUCGUUAAAAAACAGAUUAGUCAAGCAUUUUGGCUACGAAUUUCUAUACGGAUCAAACCUCGUUGAUCCCGACAAACCCCUUAAAACAACAAUACCCAAGGAAUGCGAUGUGUUGUGGCAUAAAUUAGGCAAGAAACAGCCAUCUCUUAGCUGGUUCAAACCUGACCAACUAACAGUCAAUGAAUAUAUGCCUGGUCAUGGAAUUCCACCUCAUGUAGACACUCACAGUGCGUUUAUAGAUCCAAUUCUAUCGUUGUCCUUAGAAAGUGAUGUUGUCAUGGACUUUCGUAAAAACGGCCAACGUGUCUCGGUUCUACUUCCACGUCGAUCGUUGUUGAUAAUGUCUGAUGAAUGUCGAUACGACUGGACACACGGCAUAACCCCACGAGUAAUGGAUGUAAUCAACACUCCAAACAAUGGUCUAACAACCCAACAACGUAGUAAACGCACAUCCUUCACAUUUAGAAAGCUUCGAUAUACUCCAUGCGAUUGCAAAUACCCCACUUUGUGCAAUAGUCGAAAAACAAACUCAUUGGAAUCCAAAGAACCUCUUGAAAAGCUUGCCAAAAAGGUUGAAGAAAUGAAUGUGCAUAAUAUCUAUGAAAAAAUUGCUAAUCACUUUAGCGAGACCAGACACUCGCCAUGGCCUAAUGUUGCUCAGUUCUUGGACGCGUUUCCUCCUGGUUCGAUUAUAGUUGAUAUUGGCUGCGGAAACGGUAAAUAUCUAUCAAUCAACAAAGAAACUCUUCAAAUUGGCUGCGAUCGAAGCUCUGGCUUGCUAAGCGUUUGCUCAUCUAAUAAACAGCAUGUUUUUAAGUGUGAUUGUCUAUCGGUUCCGAUUCGCUCCUCAACAGCUGAUGGCGUCAUAAGCAUUGCAGUCAUCCAUCAUUUGGCGAGUGAAGCGCGUCGUCUACAAUCAAUUACCGAGAUGGCAAGAGUGCUUCGUAAAGGUGGACAAGGUCUCAUUUACGUUUGGGCUAAAAAUCAGAAGGCCAAUUUGAAGAAAUCUUCAUAUUUACGACAAAAUAAAGCCGUUAACAAGGGUAAAAUAUCCGAAGACGAACAAAGGCAAAAGACCGAAAACGAUAGUAAAGAGAUGAAUCUAGAAAUUGAUAUUCAACUGCCCGUUCAUACAAAUCGAACUGAAUUCCAGCAACAGGAUGUUCUCGUCCCAUGGAAACUUAAGUCGUCACAAGAAUCAAGAACGGACACUUCGACUUUCCUAAGAUUUUAUCAUGUUUUUGAGGAAAACGAAUUGGAAAAUCUUUGUAAAAAAGUAUCAGACAUUACCAUUGAAAAAAGCUUUUACGAUCAGGGUAACCAUUGUAUUGUUUUUAGAAAACUAUGAUUGCCAUGUUAUUUUAUUUUAAGUAAAAGAAAUAAAGUAGAAUUAAAUAUACAAAAGGGUUAA